UCCACGGAAACCCCGCGAGAUUUGAACGGGACAUUCACUCAAAAAGAGUAUGUAAUCAAAUCACAGCACACAUCUGGGAAUACAUUUUUUAACAAAGUUGUAUUUUGAAAAAAAACUUUAGUUAGUGCACAUUUAAUUAAGGAUAUUUAGCAACUAAUGGACGUCAAAGCUACAAAGAAGCACACGGAUAAGGAGAGAUGGAUUUGCAUUUACCCAGCGUAUUUAAACAGCAAGAAAACAAGGGCGGAAGGGAGGCGCAUUCCAGUAGCGAAGGCUGUAGAAAACCCCAACUAUUCAGAAAUUCGUGACGUAAUAGCAGCCGCAGGAUUCGUGGUUGGCGUUGAGAAUAAGAAAUAUUGUAGAGAAAGAUCGAACGAACCUACAGUUAGGGGUCGGAUUAGAGUCCAUUUUCGAAACGAUGAUGGUUCCGUGAUCAACCCAAAAUUCCCUUCUCGCGACUCCAUUCUCCUGCACUGUGGUGAAAUGAUUCCAAAAUUAAAGUCUCGAACCGACAAAUCCACAAAGUCUCAAGAACAUGGUGCUGGACAAGCUGGUGGUGGAAAGAAGAAGAAUAAAAAGAAGUAAAUGGUAGCAGAAGUUCAACAUUUUAUAAUAUCUUUGUGUUUGCAACGGUUCAAUAAUAAAAUGCAUGCCGUAUUUUAUCGUUACAAAAAUUUGAAAUCAAUCAAUCGUGUCUAUAAAAGUUUAAAAAUCCAUUAUCCAACUAGUUUCAUACAUAACGAUAAAAAUCAUUAUGUAUAGUGCGUACAUAAGUAUUUUAAUAUAUUAUCGUCAAUGUGCAUUAAACCCCAAUUAAAUAUAAUUAAAACAUCUUAUUAUCAACUGGA